AUGACUGAUGACUGGAGCCGCGAGGCCUCCACCUUGCGUGCCCUGGCUGCUGCUGCCAAGGAUGAAGAUGAUGAGACGUGGAGAAGUCAAGGCGGCAGGGUCUUGAUUCUCGCGCUCAAUGCCCUCACCGCCAGUGGUGCGGUACAUGAGGUGCAGGAAGCAUCUAUCCUGUGCAUCCAGGAGAUGAUUCUUCACCACCCCAGCUGCGUGGCGGACUAUGCCGAGGUGGUAGCUUCCAAGUUUUUCGAGGUCUUCGCACGCGCCGGCCCUGACCGGAAGCUGACAACCAGCUUGGCCCGCGCUCUCGACCAAUUGCUGGCAUCCAUCGACGCCUUGCGGGCUUUGGAGAUCUUGCUACCCCAGGUCUCCCAGAACUUCGGCCUGCUGGCUGCAGCGCUGCGCCGCCUGCGCUCGGAGCAAAUCCUGGAGCACCUGGACAUCAUCGUCGCGCCCAUCAUCGGCGCCGCGGAGAGCGACUCCGCCGAGAUGCGUAAGGCUGCUAUCUUCAGCCUAGUUGACUUGUACCUGAUCGUGGGGGAG